AUGACCCUGGAAGAAUUAUCAAAGAUAGAAGAAGAAGAAUUCAGUACAGGACCUUUGUCUGUUCUUACACAAUCCGUUAAAAACAACACUCAAGUACUUAUUAAUUGUCGUAACAACAAGAAAUUGUUAGGGCGCGUCAAAGCGUUUGACCGGCAUUGCAAUAUGGUCCUUGAAAACGUUAAGGAAAUGUGGACCGAAGUCCCUAGGACUGGCAAAGGCAAGAAGGGUAAAGCAGUAAAUAAGGAUAGAUUCAUCUCUAAAAUGUUUCUACGUGGAGAUUCUGUGAUUCUAGUUUUGAGAAAUCCACUUGCUACAGCUGCGGGAAAGUAA